UUUGAAUUUAAAAUUGACUCGAAUACUCAUAAUAAAAUUUUAUUUGAAAUUCAAACACGAAGUCGACUAAUUAGAAUCGAACAGAACUCGAUCAAAAAUCCCCGGCUCCUCCGAACUCCUCGGCAGGAACUUUCUCCGGAUUGAUUCUCAGAAAUUUUUUUAGUCAACCGAGACUUACCAAAUUGACGUUAUAAUUCUUCGAUACAUUGCUUCGACGACAUGUCCUUCUCGUCCAAAGAUGUCAAAAAAACCUGUAAAUCGAAACCAGUAAAUUUCCCCCAACUCAUCUGGGAAUCCCAAAUUGGAUCUUGAUCGGUGUCAAUGGAUUCUUCUUCUUCUGCAUCUUCUUCUUAUGCAGGGCACUCUCUCUCCUACUAUGAUUAUCUCAAUCUCCUCUUCCUCCGACCCAUUCUCGCCAUCACCUUCGUGUUCUCCUUACUUCUUCUAGGCUGGUUUUUGGCGUGGAAGCUAGUUCUAGUUCACGUUCCUCUGGUACAAGAAAUCUUUGGUUUGAGGAAAAAACCUGUAAAGCCAAAACCCGAGACAAGGCGGCGGCUUACUCGGUUCUACAACAGCUUCAAUACCCAAAAUUCGACUUCUUUAUGGGAAGAAGGUGCUCAUUGAUCUGGCUGGUAAAGUGUUGAAGAAGCUAAGAAGCCCCCGAGGAGGGGGAAAUAUAUUACAGAUAGAUAUAGGGAAAUUUUGGCUCAAAUUCAAGGUGAAGUAUGUGAGGAAGCCGGUAUUCUAAAGUUAUUUGGAUUCUUUCUUAAGUUAUUUGGAUUCUUUCUUAAGUUUUAAAUAAAUUAGAAGUUAUUAGACCAAGGCUAGGAUAUCAACACACCUAAAUUGGAAGGGGCAUUUUAGUUAUUUCCUUAUGGGGUUGAGAAUCAGUUUCUAUAGUGAACUUUUUUGCACCAAGAGCUUAGUGAUGCAUUGUAUGGCAACUUCGCAUGUGUAAUAUUUCAUGCUGAAUUUCAUACUUCACGAGUUGAUUAUGGUAUUUAACCCUCAUCGACAUGAUGUUCCUUCGUUUUUGUCGCAUCUUUCAAGAUUGGGCCACUAAUUUAACCAAUUAGAACAUCCUAACUUUGACCUACCUUAACUUCAUACUCGGAUGUCACAUUCACAUAGGUGAUAAAUAUUUUUCAUGCAGAACUUCAUACUCCAUGCACUACUUAUGGUGUUCCAUCAUCCGUGACAAGAUAAUCCUUAGUAUAGUCACCUCUUUCAUGUAUCAGCCACCAGUUUAACCAAAUAGAGCUUCAUAAACUCGACCAACCUUAACUUCGACAUCAGAUAUCUCAUUCGCAUUCGCAAUGGUUGUAUAUGCUUUUCAUGUUUCUUGUUUCCACGCACUUAUUAUGGCGUCCCAAUACUCUGUGAUACAAUGAUCCUCCGAAUUUGUCACAUCUUUCAAGUUUUAACUAUCAGUUUAACAAACUAGAGUGUCUUAAUUUAGACCAUCUUAAAUUCAUGCUCGGAUGUCACAUUCUCAUGGGUAGUAUGUACUUUUCAAAUGGAAUUUUCAUGCUACACAUAUUGAUUAUGGUGAUUCAUCCUUAGGGACAUAAUAGUCUUUCAUAUUUGUCACUUCUUUUAGGUUUUAACCAAUAAUUUAAACAAAUAGAGCUUCCUAAAUUUGAUCAACUUUAACUUUAUACUUAGAUGUUGCAUUCGUAUGGGUGAUGUAUGUCUAUCAUCCAAAAUUUCAUUCUCCACACAUUAUUAUGAUAUUUUGUCCUCUGCGACAUGAUAAUUCUUAGUAUUUGUCGCCUCUUUCAAGUUUUCACAAAUAGUUUAAUAAAUGAGAGGAUCCUAACUUUGGCCUACCUUGAAGUCCUAUUUAGAUGUUGCAUCGUUAUAUAUACUUGUUAUGCGAAAUUUCAUGCUCCAUGCAUUGAUUAUGAUGUUCUAUCUUUUGCGACAUGAUAAUCCUUAGUAUUUGUCACCUCUUUCAGGUUUUGAUGACUAAUUUAAUCUUCUAGAGCAUCCUAACUUCGACUUCGGAUGUUACAUUCUCAUGGUUAAUAUAUAUUUUUGCUUGGAAUUUGGUGCUUCACGCACUCGUUAUGAUUUUCAUAUGCUCUCAACCCAACUUAACUUAACUCACAGCGCCUUGUCCCAAGCUAAAAAUAUAUAUUUUUCGAUAUCUCUUGAUCUUCAAUUUUUAUUAUUUUUCUGUUUUGAUUUCUCUUUUUACUAAAGUUACAUUUCAUAU